CAUUGACAGUACGAUAUAUCACCCGAAGGUUUAUUGGGGAGUAUUGUCCAACACUUGAAAGUAUACAUAAGGUUCAAACCUCUGUAGAUGAUGAAGACAUACGGCUGGAGAUAUUAGACACAGCAGGUCAGCUGAUGGACACGGGAUGUGUCUGGAAGGAUUAUUACGCUUUCUGGGGAGAUUGUUAUAUUUACGUUUAUUCCAUCAAUGACAAAGAUAGCUUCGAACAAAUAAUCAACUUUAAAAGAAAAAUAGAAAGCGUGAGAAGAAACACAACAUGUGGUCUGUUAGUUGGGAACAAAUCUGAUCUACUCCAUGAUCGUCAUGUACCGGAAUCAGACGCGAUGGAGUUAGCAGACGAGAUUGGAUGUAGAUCGUAUGAAGUGUCGGCUGCUGACUGGACACAAGUUGAUAAGAUUAUUGAUAUGUUCAAUGAUAUUGUACGAGACUACAGAAAAUUACGGACACCCCGUGAUAUUCGUGCAAGACGACCAAGUUCGUCGACAAGAUUUAGACAAGCUAUUCAAAAAGUGAUAAGUGGACGCAGUAUUCCUAAAAGAAUAUCACAGACUAAUUCCUAGCAUUUAAUAUACAUCUUGACCAAUAUUUAACAUACCUCAUAAUUCUUUAUUCGUUCAAAUAUUGAUAGAACUUUUAACUUUGUACUUGUAUUCUUCGAUGUUAUUUUUGUUUCAGAAAUGACCUUAUAAUCGACAUAUCUAUCUUCUGAAUAAGCCGUAAUUUUACAAGUACCAAGUUAAUUCAGACCACGAACACUUGGGAGACCAGAUAUUUAGAUAAGAUUUGUGGAUAUUUUGGGAUGACCGUUCUUGAGACAUUACAGACGAUUGUAAGGUACACCUAUGACCACAAUCUAAGAGCAUACAUUUAUAUGAUGAGACAUACAUUUGUGAUAUUUUGUUAUUUCUGAACUAUCAUGUCAAGA